AUGGAUCCUCUAUCUAUUAUCGCAAGUUCCGUUGCCAUCGCCACGCUGGCCGCGCAGACAUGUCGUGCUUUCGCUGCACUACGCUCAAAGGCCAAAGGUUUACCUGGCAGAAUGCAUGCGCUUAAUAACGAAGUCGCAGAUCUUGAGCUGGUUCUCAACGAAGUGGCGGCAGUAUUUAAGGAGAGAGACUCUACGCUCCUCAUAGAAUCCGAGACGGCCAAUAUUCCCCGCCUUCUAGAGCUCGCCCGUGGUAAGCUCCUUGAGCUAAAGUUGAUUCUUGAGCGUCUUGGCAGAUCGAUGGAGGGGUCAAACUCGAAACUCUCACCGUUUAUCAACCUGUUGGACUUAAGAAAGGAACAGCCAAGACUGGGAGAGUUACAAGAGGAACUAAAAUCAGUCAGGUGUAACCUGAAUGUUAUGCUUGGCGCCUCUAACUCACGUGAUAUGGUUCGUGUCAGAGUUGAGCUGGAGGGCCUGUCAAUGGUCACAUCUCAAAUUGCGGACCAAACCAACAUACGCAAGGAACUGCAGGACAGUUUAACUUAUCAUCAUGGGACACUUGCUGACACCGUGGAAAGGCGUGUUGGCCAGCUCAUGGAGAAGCGCAUUACCCAAGUGGAAGAAAUGAUGCGUGCCCAAUCCGAGGCGCUAAAGCAAAAUCAAAUAACCCAAACUGGAGCGCUCUAUCGAAGACCCCGUCCCCGAAGACCAUCCUCUCAGCAUUCGCAAAGUCCUAUCGCUCCAGAGAGUGUCAGAGUCAGAGUGAAUCAAUACACUUUUAAAUGCCAAUCGGGGUGUACUUGCGCCUGUCAUAAACAAACCAAGACAAAUGCUUCCUUUAUGAACCGUGUGCUUGGUCAGAUAUUCGUUGGCUAUGCCGGUCUACCGAUGGUCAGCCCAAAAUGUGACAGCUCGGAGUGCGAAAAAUCCCAAACACCUUUCAUCAGUUUUGAAUACUGGUUUCCACUUGGCUUUUGCUGGUCAAAAAUCGUUCAAGCACAGGUCAGCUAUCAUCCUAGCUUUGGUCCACAGUUCAAUAUUACUACUCUCCGGAGCGUCCCGGAUACUGCUCCCUGCGUGGAAUUCGCGUUGCAUGGAAACAUCGAAGGGCUGAAAGGUCUCUUUAAUCGUGGAGCGGCUUCCCCUUGGGAUGUUAGUGCUACACGUGGUUAUACUCUAGUUCGGUGGGCGUUGUAUGGCAAGCAGUACAAGACAGUCAAGUUUUUAGUUCAACAAGGAGCAGACGCUGAUUAUCGGCCAUUGUCUCCAUAUGAUAACAGCCCACGAAACAAGGCCUCCGAUAUUGCUCUCCAGGGAGGUCUUGCGAAGGAAGAUUUGGAAGCGCUUUACUGUUUGACACAAGGAAGCGACUGGAUUGAAGAGCAGAACUUCAAUUUAAUUCACAAGAUAGUGUGCGGUCUUUCUCAGAAAAGCUUGGAGAAGCAAAUAAUCGCUGAACCUGAAAGUAUCGACUGCCAAGAUGCGCUUGGCCGUACGCCGCUCCUUUGGGCUGCUGCCCGGGGCGAUGCUGCUAGCGUUGCGAUUCUUUUAGCUCAUGGUGCGAAUCCGGAUAUGCUUGACCACCAACUUGCUCCUCCCGUGUCAUAUGCCGCCGACCGCAAUCAUACAGUUUGUGUCCGACUUCUCCUCGAAGCAGGCGCUGAAACAGAUCCUAUCUUGCCGAACGGUUACAUCGGCGGCUCGGCACUGAACUGUGCUGCACGCAAUGCUAGUGAUCCCCUGAUACUGAAAACACUCUUGGACUUCGGCGCAGACAUCGAAGCUGCCGGUGUGGAUGGCCGAACUUCCCUAAUCCAUGCUGCACGUACGGAUAACGCAAGCUUCGCAAUGCUUCUGCUCGAGUACGGUGCAGAUAUAAAUGCAACUUCAUCUUCCAACCAAACACCGCUCACGACCGCCGUCAUUAACAACUCCCAUAAUGUCCUGCGACUGCUUCUCGAACGCUGGGCUGAAUACUCGGAGUGCCCCCGUCUUAAGGGUCCCCACCUCCUUCAAAUCGCAGCACUUUACGCAGAUAUUGAAACGUUACACAUUCUUACUCAGACGGACCAUUUCCGAAUGAAGCACGAUAAGAAUUUCUCAGUGGGAGAUUUCGUGGAGCGGCUGAAACAGCGAUACGAUGUUUCGGAGAAGCUCAUUCAAAGCUUUGAAGAUUUUUUGACCGUCAUUAACACGGAGCCAAAAUAUACCCAAGAUGAGCAGGACUUGAUGGAGAAAGGUUUCAUGAGCUGGCACAGCAGUCGCGUGGGUAGCCAUUGUGGAAGUGAACUAGCAAAUUGUUCGCCUCCCUAUUAUGACUUUGAUGAGAUUGACAGUCCAGAUAGUGAUACUUUCGAGGAUGCUUUGGAGAAGCUGGAUAUCAGUGAGCGGUUGAUAGAGGUUGAAUAG